GAGAGCAUCAUCUAUCAUUCUUUGGUUUGCUAAAAACUCGCAAACAGCGUGUUAGAACCUGUUGACAAACGGUUAUUGAUAAUCGUGGUCAACUUAACGGUCUCCGAAGACGCUUUCAGUAGUCAGCAGUGGAAACCAUAGUGAUUUCAGGCUGAAUUUCUCACAGAUCCAUCUUUUGCGAGUAGCACCCCCUGUUGAAGUCUCCAGCUCAAAAAUGGCCGUAGUCGCAGCAGCUCAGAAGAACAGAGAGAUGUUCGCCAUCAAGAAAUCUUACAGCAUCGAGAACGGUUAUCCGGCAAGAAGACGUUCUUUAGUCGACGAUGCAAGAUUCGAGACUCUGGUGGUUAAGCAAACCAAACAGACGGUGUUGGACGAAGCCAGGCUCAGAUCUAAUGAUUCUAGUAUGGAGCCUGAAGUUCAACACGAAGACAUUCCAACCAAAGAAGAAACAACACAAGCGAUAAAAGACGAUUCUGGACUUACAGAAGAAGAAGUGUUCCUUCAGAAUGCUCUCAGCGAGAAUCCUGAAUCUGAAAAUUACCCGCAAAAGUCCAUCUUGGUCCUACGUUUGAAAGAAGGAAUGAGCUCACUCGGCCGUAUCCUCAAGACAGUCGAGAAGUUCAAUGGCUCUGUUUGUCACUUGGAAACCCGCCCUAACAAGAACGAGGGUGCUCAGCUGGAUGCCCUGAUCAAAAUCGAGAUGUCCAGGGUUAACUUGCUCCAAAUCUUGAAGUCUCUCCGUCAGUCUUCUGUUCUGGAGCAUUGCACCUUGGUCGGUGACGAUAACAUCACAUCAAAGACACCAUGGUUUCCAAGACACGCCAGUGAACUAGACAAUUGCAACCAUCUGAUGACCAAGUAUGAACCAGAUUUGGAUAUGAACCAUCCAGGAUUUGCCGACAAGGAGUACCGUGAACGCAGAAAGGAAAUUGCUGAGAUUGCUUUCUCCUUCAAAUACGGUGAUCCAAUUCCAUACAUCGAAUACGUACCCACAGAAAUCAAAACUUGGAAUUCCGUAUUCAACACAGUGCAGGAACUGAUGCAAAAACACGCUUGCGUCGAGUACCGUCGAGUUUUCAAAAAACUGAUGGACGAAGGCAUCUUUGCUCCUGACAAGAUUCCACAACUUCAGGAAAUGUCCGAUUUCAUGUGUCGCAACACUGGAUUCACCCUUAGACCUGCUGCUGGACUACUCACAGCCAGGGAUUUCUUGGCUUCUCUCGCUUUCAGAAUUUUCCAAAGCACACAAUACGUCAGACACGUUAACUCACCUUACCACACACCAGAACCAGAUUGCAUUCACGAACUCCUGGGACACAUGCCACUCUUGGCUGAUCCAAGCUUCGCACAGUUCUCCCAAGAGAUCGGUCUAGCCUCCCUUGGAGCUUCAGAUAAAGAAAUCGAGAAAUUGUCUACGGUAUACUGGUUCACAGUAGAAUUCGGUCUUUGCAAGGAGAACGGCAACGUUAAGGCUUACGGUGCCGGCCUCUUGAGUGCAUACGGCGAACUUCUACACGCCCUCAGCGACAAACCAGAACUGAGACCAUUUGAACCAGCAGCCACAGCAGUGCAACCCUACCAGGACCAAGAAUACCAACCGAUCUACUACGUGGCUGAAAGCUUCGAUGACAUGAAAGACAAGUUCAGGCGCUGGGUAUCAACAAUGUCCAGACCAUUUGAAGUUAGACUGAACGCCUACACAGGAAGAGUGGAAGUCUUGGACUCAGUGGACAAACUUGAGUCUCUCGUCCACCAGCUCAACACGGAGGUACUUCAUUUAUCCAACGCUUUGAACAGAUUGAAGGCGCCAUCACUUCAGUGAAUUGAUCUGUACAAAGAAACGGAUGCAAGUAGUUAAUGUGAGAUCGCAUCAUCAAUGUUAUAAUCUUUAUAAUUAGUAUCUCUAGAGAAUUGAAGACGUGACCCUUUAUAAAAGUAGCGUCCAACGACGUAUCAAGAGAUAUAUUUAGAGAAGAAAUAAAAUAUGAAUAUUAUCACAUUGUUGUAUCCAAAUGCACUUGAAACUGUGUUGUUUUCUUCGAUGCGAAGAGCAAUUAGCGCAGUAUAUUAUUUAUUAUGAGGAUAGUUUGCACGUUAUUGAUGUAUAUAGUGAGAACUAUAUGUUUGUAACUUAAUAUCUUGCAAUGAAACUGCGAUUAUAAUUUAUUAGCCUAUUUAACCAAUAAAGUUUAUUCUGAAGA